UAGCCAUUCAAUCUCUCUCCUCUCAAAUACAAAACGAGUAAAAUCAAUAUCACUAUUUAAAAAAAAAAACUCUAACAAAUAAAAAGUAAUAAUAAAUUAAAAAUUCCACAAUGCCGAAGUCCUCCGUAUUACUCCGCCGUAUCACCACCAACACCCACCCAACAACCACCUACCCUUUCUCUCACCUCCAUCACAAACCACCUCCUUCUCUUCCGCCUUUAUCAACCCCUGAUUUCAAGGUCCCCGACGACGUCGUUCGGUACCAUGCUCAAACCGUUAACUCCGAUCAAUGUUCUUCCGCCGUCGUUCAAGAAAUCUCAGCACCUGUUUCCACCGUCUGGUCGGUCGUUCGUCGCUUCGAUGCACCGCAAGUUUACAAACAUUUUGUUCGUAGUUGUGACGUUAUUUCCGGUGAUGGUGAUGUCGGUACUCUCCGUCGUGUUCGUGUUGUUUCCGGUUUACCUGCUGCUACCUCCGACGAACGACUUGAGAUCCUUGAUGAUGAUCGCCACGUUAUCUCUUUCUCCAUUGUCGGCGGGGACCACCGUUUGUCUAAUUACAAGUCUGUUACAUCCUUACAUCGUGCAGUUGGAGAUGACGGUGAAGAAUCUACCGUUGUUGUUGAAUCUUACGUGGUUGAUACACCAGCGGAUAACAGUAAGGAAGAAACCUGCGUUUUUGUUGAUACCAUUGUCAGAUGUAACCUUCAAUCGCUGGCCCAAAUCGCUGAGAAUUUGGCUAAUAACAAAGAACCAGAAAAAAAUGACAAGAAUCACACAUCUGGAUCUUAAUUAGGUCAAAUUUUCUAUCUCCUUUUCUCGAUCUUCUUUGUUUAUUUGAUCAGGUUUAUCGUGAUAACACCAAAAUCAAUGUGAUUUGAGUCGAUCAGACGACGUCGUUUUUCAGAGAGUUUUUGCUAUGGAUUAGGCGGUGGAAGUGCAAAUUAAGUUUUCUUUUAAAUUUUUUCUCUCAUGGUUUUGGAUCUCGAGGAAGAUGGGCGACGUUUCCGGAAACUCAAGGGGUGAUAUUAAAAUCUUUUUCUUCUGUUAAUCGAUCGGAAUUACUCCAUAAUUUAUUUCCCCCUUCAUUAUUUUCUUUUCUUGUUCAAACAAUUAAUACGUAGGAGUAAUAGUUGCACUAGUUGUUAUUAUUGUACUUAUGAGAUGUGUUCAAUGUAUUUUUACUUUGAUUUCGGAGUUCAUCCUCUUGUUAAUUCAUAGCCCUCAUUUCUUU